AAAUGCGCCGCGCCACAGCCCAGGCCCCAAGGGCAGGGACGAGAACCGCCCAGUCCGCUAACACGAAAUGGAUGCUGUAGACUGUCGCCUGUUGUGCUUGCUCUCAGCAGGUUCCUCCAGAGCAAGCAAAGACCCUUCCUCCUUUUUUCCCCAGGCCCGUUCCCUGCUGACCAGGGGCCCGCCUUCGCCAUCCAUUCCCUUUCUCUUCCCCAUCACGCACCCUCAUCCCUCCCGUCCCUCUCCUGCUCCCUCCAACCCUUCCUCCCUGACUGACUCCCUCACGACAAACUUUGGAAGCCGCCCACCCAGCAAACGAUCAGCCGGCACCAGCAAUGUUCUAGCCAGCGGGACCUUUCCUUCUUUCAUAUUGCUUCGCCUUUCCGGUCUGCAUACGCAACUGCCUCGAUACUUUCGUUCGAUUCUCCCGAAUUCAUCGCUUCCAGCCUGGGCCAGCUGAACGAACCGAACCGCCCCAUCCGGAAGGACACCACAACGACGACUCAGCCCCGUUCUCUGCCCACGGGUAUCGACACAAUCGCCGUCAUUGACUUUCUUUCAUCGAUUCGACAACCGAACAGCAUAGAGUGUCCAGACCAGAAGUGACCGACGACUGCAUCACCUUGACUUUGGAGCAUCGCAUCCCACCGUAAACACCGGACCCCCUCGGACGUAACUGAAUCGACCGACCAUGGUUUCGUCACGUCAUUCGCUGAAGCGCUCGCUUCUCCUGUCCACCUUUGCCGCCUUGUCCCUAUUCUCUGCCACGGGUCUUGCGCAAGACAGUAGCAGUGGAGGAAAUGCCCAGACCAGUGCUUCGCAGGCAGCUUCGACAGACGAUGCCAACACCUCGGCUGCGCAGCCUUCGCGCACCAACGCGGCAACCGCCGUCAUCACCAACACCGGCGCCGUUGCCACAACGGAAGCGAGCAUCAGUGCUCCUAGGAUCACCGGCACCUCCGAUUCCACUGGCGAUGUCCUCACGGGUCUGCCGUCCCUUACAAACCAGCCUAUUGUGACGACAUACCCGCCGGCCAGUGUACCUCCCACCAACAACGCUCCUUAUAUGCACCGCUCGAGCGCUCCUCAAGGAACCGUCUUCAUUGCCGUGGGCUCCAUUCUUGGUGCCUUUGGCCUCGGUAUUCUGAUCUGGCGCGGCAUCAUCGCUUGCCUGCUGCACCGCUCCGUCGCCCGCGCCGCCAAUGCCCAGUAUGUCGCCAACGACAAGCAGAGCUUCCCUGCCCCUCCAGCGCAAUUCUACAAGUAUACCGACCGCGAAUCCACUCCUUCUCUUGUUCCCAAUGGAGGACGUGGUGUGCGUAGAACGCAGCGCGGCCCCAUCCCCUCUGCGACGCCGAGCCAGUCGAACCUCUUCUUCUCGCCUACCGCAGCUGGCGGCGGCAAUAGCAACAACAAUAACAACAACUCGGCCACCAACCGCGACUCUCGUUUCCUUCCUUCUGGAUUCUACGCCGCUGCCACCUCGUCUCCCAGUCCUGCCCACGGUCAUUCAAUAAGUUUGACGAACCUCCGCCCUGAAUCACGAGGCCAGUAUGGAAGCCGCAACAACUUGAGGGAAUCUACGCCUCCGGAAUCCCCUUCGUACGGCGCAAGGCGUGACUUCAGCACCAGCUCGGUCAACUUGUCUGCGGCGCCCGGGAACGGACAAAGAGCUCCCAGUGCUUACCUUGAGGAUCUGUUAGACGAGAACCCCAAUGCCUUCCCGCCAAGCCAGAUGCGCCCCGGAUCUCGAAAUGCUAACAACUCUCCCGGUGGUCGGUUCUAAAGAGAGGGGUUGCUUUCCGUUUGGUUUCAUUGCAUCUAUGCAUCAAAAACAGUUUCAUUACGUCAUGAAAAAAAUGGCGAGACGUCACGGCUUGGGGUUUUUUGAAUGGUACAUUCAUGGCGUUUAGGGGUAUCAUCAAGUUGCAUCACUGGUUUGGAAUACUGUUUUUAAUCAUCAUCCAGUGAGGCCGGGCACUUUUCUCGGUCCCGGCCUUUCAGCAAGUUUGAGAUGGGAGCGCGGGUCAAAAGGCAAAGCCGGCUCCCUUCCCAACAGGGCUGCCGCGCAUGGGUGGUUGUCUAGUUGUAUUUUGGCCCUGUACACCACGGCAGGCGUGACGGAGCAUUAGACUGGGAGUCUUGGUGACGACGAUCCGCCGGUGGCAUUCUGUCUUCGCUUCUCAUCGCUCGCUGGUAUAUAUUCUUUCAAUGAGCAGAACUAUUCGAAAAAAA